AUGUCAUUUGCUGGCCGUCUUAAAUGUUACAUCUCAAGUUUCUUGGUUAUUUAUGCUGUAUACUUGUUGACCUAUAAAUGCAGUAAGUUGGACGAAUCACCAUUAGAACAUGGAAUUGAGUCCGUAUUCCAUCCUUUAUCUCACCAUCACAGCAGCUUUUGUGAUGGAUUGAACAAGGGUGUCCAUUUUGUCAACCCAUAUUUCGAAACUGCCGGUAAUUAUUUCGAUCAACAUGUUCGUUCUCAUAGCUUAUUCAAACAAUAUGCAAUUGAUAAUAAAUUAGAAGUUGUGAAAUCUUCUUACUAUAGCCACGUCUACCCAUUGGUGAUUAAAUUUUUUGAAUUUUUUGAAGUUGUUGAAUAUCAUGUUUAUCAACAUUUUGCUCAACAAUGGGCUAGAGUGCAAGAUUUCUAUACUAGUCAAAUUGCUCCAAAAUUGGCUUAA